GGCAUCGGCCUCCUGGCCGGCCUGCUGCCGGCACUGGCCGCCUGCCCCCAGAACUGCCACUGCCACGGUGACCUGCAGCACGUCAUCUGUGACAAGGUGGGGCUGCAGAAGAUCCCCAAGGUGUCGGAGAAGACCAAGCUGCUCAACCUACAGCGCAACAACUUCCCAGUGUUGGCUGCCAGCUCGUUCCGUGCCAUGCCUAACCUGGUGUCGCUGCACCUGCAGCACUGCCAGAUCCGCGAGGUGGCCGCUGGCGCCUUCCGGGGUCUCAAGCAGCUCAUCUACCUGUACCUGUCCCACAACGACAUCCGCACGCUGCGCGCCGGCGCCUUCGACGACCUGACAGAGCUCACCUACCUCUACCUGGACCACAACAAAGUGACCGAGCUGCCCCGGGGGCUGCUGUCCCCUCUGGUGAACCUCUUCAUCCUGCAGCUCAGCAACAACAAGAUCCGAGAGCUGCGGGCAGGCGCCUUCCAGGGAGCCAAGGACCUGCGCUGGCUCUACCUGUCGGAAAAUGGGCUCAGCUCCCUGCAGCCCGGCGCCCUGGACGAUGUGGAGAACCUGGCCAAGUUCUACCUGGACAGGAAUCAGCUGUCCAGCUACCCGGCUGCCGCCCUGAGCAAGCUGCGCGUGGUGGAGGAGCUGAAGCUGUCACACAACCCGCUAAAAAGCAUUCCUGACAGCGCCUUCCAGUCCUUUGGCCGCUACCUGGAGACCCUGUGGCUGGACAACACCAGCCUGGAGAAGUUCUCGGACAGUGCCUUCCUGGGUGUGACCACGCUGAAACACGUCCAUCUGGAGAACAACCGCCUGAACCAGCUGCCGCCCAGCUUCCCCUUUGACAACCUGGAGGCCCUCACCCUCACCAGCAACCCCUGGAAGUGUACUUGCCAGCUCCGGGGCCUUCGGCGGUGGCUGGAGGCCAAGACUUCUCGCCCGGAUGCCACCUGUGCGUCACCCGCCAAGUUCAGGGGCCAGCACAUCCGUGACACAGAUGCCUUCCGCAGCUGCAAGUCCCCCACCAAGAGGUCCAAGAAAGCUGGUCGCCAUUGAACAGGUCCCGACCUGGCCAGUCCUGGUGACCGGCCUCUGCCUUCCGCCGGAGAAACUACUGACCUCCCACCAUCACCCACACCUUCUCCCACGGCCUCUGCCUCCUACAUCCCGGCAGGCCGCCCGCCGGGCCCGGGGAGGAUACAGA